GAAGGGGGAGGUAUAUAUGUAUAUAUUUGGUCUUGUACUCGGUGCUCUCCUAAACAAGGGCUAGGGUUUUCUCCGUCCCCCAAGUAAAGCCCUGCAGUACGGAGCUCGGAAGAAGCAGGGUAUCUAACCGGAGACGAACACUGAAAUGAAUCAAGGCGGAGAAAACAGGCCGGGAACGCAGAAAACCUGCGCCGUCGAACCAUCCACCGCUAUGGCAUACCUCGAUCCCCACUACUGGGACGAGAGGUUCGGUCGCGAGGAGCAUUACGAAUGGUUCAAAGACUACUCUCAUUUUCGCCAUCUCAUUCAGCAACACGUCAAACCUAAUUCCUCUGUCUUGGAACUCGGGUGUGGAAACUCGCAGUUGUGUGAAGAACUGUACAGGGAUGGAAUUACUGAUAUAACCUGCAUUGAUUUGUCCGCAGUGGCUGUGGAGAAGAUGCAGAAAAGGUUGCUGUCCAAGGGAUACAGAGAAAUUAAAGUGCUGGAAGCUGAUAUGCUGGACCUGCCAUUCACCAACGAAUGCUUUGAUCUGGUUAUAGAGAAAGGAACAAUGGAUGUUCUGUUCGUGGACAGUGGUGACCCUUGGAAUCCACAAUCCGAAACAGUGAAUAAUGUAAUGACAAUGCUUCGAGGGGUUCAUCAGGUUCUUAAACAAGACGGCAUUUUCAUCUCUAUCGCCUUUGGCCAGCCACACUUCAGGCGCCCUUUCUUUAAUGAUCCAGAAUUCACUUGGUCCGUGGAGUGGAAUACCUUUGGUAAUGAAUUUCACUAUUUCUUCUACAUCUUGAAGAAGGGUUGCAGAUCAUCAGAGAACAAUGACAAUGAGAGGGUUGCAGUGAAGUCUAUGUCUCUAUUUCAUGAUGAACUAGAAGCUGAAGACUAUAUUUUCCGAACCAACAUCCAUGAAGAUGAUGGUUAGAAAUCAUGCUAAACCUUUUGUAUUUUAUUUGGAUCUGCUUCUGUCCUUCUACCUCACCUACUGGGAUUAAGGGUUGUGAUUGUUGUCUUAGUUGCUCGUUCCGUCCUUUUACUCUUGGUCCUAAGCCACUUGCAACUAAAGCUCAACAUGCAAUAGAUAUAUGUACGCUCCCAACUCUGUAGCUCUGAGCAAUAAUAAUAAUAGCAUGCAUUUUACUC